AUGGCCGCAGCGCUGGCGCUGAGGGUGGUCGCGGGGCUGGCGGCCGCGACACUGGCGGCUGUACUCUUGGAACAUUAUGGCUUGGCCGGCCCGCCCUCCCCGAGACCCCAGUCCCGCCGAGCCUGGAGCCUGCAUCCCGCGCCAGGCUCCGGAGGCAACAUAUUUUGGGGUCUGCAGAUAUCCGACAUUCACUUGAGCAGGUUUCACGAUCGAGGCAGAGCGGUAGACUUAGAGAAGUUCUGUUCUGAAACUAUUGACAUCAUUCAACCAGCUCUCGUCCUAGCAACAGGAGACCUGACAGAUGCCAAAACAAAGGACAAGUUGGGAUCCAUGCAGUAUGAGGUAGAAUGGCAAACUUACCAGGGUAUUCUAAAGAAGACAAGAGUCAUGGAAAAAACAAAGUGGCUAGAUAUCAAAGGAAAUCAUGAUGCAUUCAACAUUCCAAGUCUGGAGAGUGUGGAGAAUUACUACAGGAAAUAUUCUGCUGUACGUAAGGAUGGCUCUUUCCACUAUGUUCACAGUACACCAUUUGGCAACUAUUCUUUCAUCUCUGUGGAUGCCUCUCUCAGUCCAGGGCCUAAAAGACCCUAUAAUUUCUUUGGAAUUUUAAAUGAGAAACAAAUGGAAGACCUUUGGUUACUGGCCAAGGAAAGUAGUUGGAGCAACCAUACUAUUUGGUUUGGACAUUUUACAACAUCUACUAUCAUUUCUUCAUCACCAGGAAUUCGUUCAAUAAUGAGUUCAGCUACAGCUUAUUUGUGUGGGCACCUCCAUACACUCGGUGGACUGAUGCCUGUUUUGCACACUCGACACUUCCAGGGCACUUUGGAACUUGAAGUGGGAGACUGGAAAGAUAACAGAAGGUAUCGGAUCUUUGCUUUUGAUCAUGACCUUUUUAGCUUUGCAGAUUUAACGUUUGGCAUGUGGCCUGUUGUUCUAAUCACUAACCCUAAGUCACUUCUCUAUAGUUAUGCAAAACAUGAACCUCUAGAAAGAAUCCUUCACUCAACACAUAUCAGAAUCUUGACCUUUUCUUCAUCCUCCAUUACUUCUGUCACAGUUAAGAUUGAUGGAGUUCAUUUAGGAGAGGCUAUUCGUUUGUCUGGUCCUAUUUACAUACUAAAGUGGAAUCCCAGGAACUACAGUGAUGGGACACAUAACAUAGAAGUAAUUGUUCAGGAUUCUGCUGGAAGAAGCAGCACUGCUCAGCACGUAUUUUCUGUCAAAGAGGACCUUCAUCUCACUUUUGAUCCCCUAGCAUCACUGAUUCUCCUUACUGACCACUAUAUCGUGGCCCGGGUGCUUUUUGUGGUGGUUGUGCUGAUCCAGCUUACAAUUCUUCUUAUUUUUAGAUUUCGAGGACAUCCUGCAUUUAAAGGACCUCCAGGAUUUAUAAAUCUGACCUCAUUUUCCCUUCAUGUCUUGAGUAAAAUAAACAUCUUCUAUUAUUCAAUGUUAUUACUGACCCUAUAUACAGUGCUUGGACCAUGGUUUAUUGGUGAAAUCAUUACAGGAAAAGUGGGUUGUUGCUUUUCUUUUGGGAUCUUUGUUGAUGGACAUUUUCUACAAGGCAGCCUAACAUUUAUAGUUGGAAUUCUCCAGAUGGUGUUUUUUAACAUCCCGUUGAUGGCCUACCUCUGUUGGAGCUUGUUGCAGCGCUGCUUUGGUCACAACUUUAGAUCUCAUCUCUACCAAGGAAAACACUUGAAAAUUAUACCGAUUCACGUAUUUAUGUUACUACUGUACAUCUGGCAGGCUUAUUCCUGCUACUUUCUUCAUGUGACAUACGGCAGCCUAGCUUUUUUAUUCUCCCCUUUGCGGACCUGGUUGACCCUUCUGACACCCAUCCUCAUUCGUUCUGUGUGGACACUGCACCUCACGGAGCUUGGAACCUUCAUUGUGCAGUUAAAAAGUCAUCUGACCUCCUGA